CUCUUGUUUGCUAAUCAUUUCAUUUUACUCCUUUUUGAAGCAGCCACUUGUUUUAUCCCACUUUUCAUUUCGCGAUCCCGCGCGCGUGUGCUCGCCUCCUUCUGAUCCGGCUCGGCGUCCUCCCCUCUCCGUCCUCCCGACGUAAAGGUCUCCUCGAUCCCGGUUGAUUUUUUUUUUCUCCCCCCUUCUUCUUCUUCUUCUUCUUCCUCUUCUUCUUCUCCUCUCCUCCUUUGAGAUGCUUUUCGCUGUCGCGCCGCUCGCCCUCCUCUCCACCCUCUUUUAACUUGAGAGACCGGCGCAAAGCCCGAGCGAGCCGAACCGGGGCUGGAAUUUAAAAUCACGCGGAACACCCAGAGGGAUACGCGGCGCUCGGCUUUUGGAUAAGGACCGCUAUCGCGUCCCCCCCCCACCCCCCGUCUCUCUCUCUCUCUCUCCCCCCCCCUCCCCCCUCCCCCCUUGUUGGACUUUGGGGAAGCGGCGUCCCCCCCCCCCUCUUUCACUUUUGCCUGGCCGUUAAUCCAGGUGGCCUUGCCGUGUUUGAGUGGCUCGGCUCGGCUCGGCUCGGCGCGGGAGGAUUAUUUCCGCGCGGUUUGCUGAAGAGAGCGCGCGCUCGCUCGCUCGCUCGCUCCCAGAAGGCUGCUUUCAUGUUCUCCAUCCAGGACAGCCUCCCGCGGGGAGCCCUGGCCAUGAAAGAGGAGCCGCUCACCAGCGGCAUGACGCCCGUCCGCUCAUGGAUGCAGAGCGCGGGGAUUUUGGACGCCAACACGGCCGCCCAGAGUGGAGUUGGUCUAGCCAGAGCUCACUAUGAGAAGCAGCCUCCCUCCAACCUGCGCAAGUCCAACUUCUUCCACUUCGUCCUGGCUCUGUACGACCGGCAGGGUCAGCCAGUGGAGAUAGAGAGGACCUCCUACGUCGACUUCGUGGAGAAAGAUAAAGAGUACAAUGGAGAGAAGACCAACAAUGGAAUCCACUACAGGCUACAGCUCCUCUACAGCAACGGCAUCCGGACAGAGCAGGACCUGUACGUACGGCUGAUAGACUCCAUGACCAAACAGGCCAUUCUGUAUGAGGGACAGGACAAGAAUCCGGAGAUGUGCCGAGUCCUCCUCACCCACGAGAUCAUGUGCAGAUUCUUCCUGAAGUUCUUCCUCAAGUGCAAUCAGAACUGUUUGAAAAACGCAGGGAACCCGCGGGACAUGAGGCGGUUUCAGGUGGUCGUGUCCACUACGGUCAAUGUGGACGGACACGUCCUGGCGGUGUCAGACAACAUGUUCGUCCACAAUAACUCCAAACAUGGCCGCCGCGCCCGGCGCCUGGACCCCUCCGAAGCUACCCCCUGCAUCAAAGCUAUCAGCCCCAGCGAGGGAUGGACGACCGGCGGAGCCACGGUCAUCAUCAUCGGGGACAACUUCUUCGACGGCCUACAGGUGGUCUUCGGCACCAUGCUGGUCUGGAGCGAGCUGAUUACCCCACAUGCCAUCCGGGUCCAGACCCCUCCUCGUCAUAUCCCCGGGGUCGUGGAGGUCACGCUGUCCUACAAAUCAAAGCAGUUCUGCAAAGGAGCACCAGGACGCUUCGUCUACACCGCCUUGAACGAGCCCACCAUUGACUACGGCUUCCAGAGACUACAGAAGGUCAUCCCCCGUCAUCCCGGCGACCCCGAAAGGUUACCUAAGGAGGUGUUGCUGAAGCGGGCAGCGGACCUGGUGGAGGCUCUGUACGGAAUGCCGCACAACAACCAGGAGAUUAUUCUGAAGCGGGCAGCAGACCUGACAGAGGCCCUCUACAGCGUCCCCCGCACUCACAACCAACUGCCCUCGCUCACCGGCUCAGCCGCUCACUCUGGUAUGAUGGGCGUCAACUCCUUCAGCAGCCAACUGGCCGUCAACAUCUCUGAGGCCUCGCAGGGAGACCAGGGUGACGGUUAUGACCGUCCCCCUACUUCCGCAACCCAACCCUCCCCCCGCGGCGUCGCCCGCGCUACGCCGAGCUCCACACCCCAGCAGUCCAACUACAACACCAUCACCUCCACCAUGAACCGCUACGCCAGCCCGACAAACCUGGGGGUCCCCGGCUCUCCCAGCUUCCUCAACGGCACCACCGCCAACUCUCCCUACGCAAUCAAACAGAAGAGCGCCUUGCCCUGUCGUGCGACACAGACCUCCCCGCCCCCCACCUGCACCACCACCAAUGGCAGCAGCCUACAGGCCAUGGCAGGUCUUAUAGUCCCACCCAUGUGAAGAGGAGCUACUAACACAGACACCAUCAGUCCUCUGGUCCACAGGCUCUCUGCUACGGCAGCAUUAAUCUAUGUCAUCACCUCUCUGGUCGACCAACCCCUUCUGAUCCGCCGUUAAUCUGCAGAAUAAGAAAAAUCACAGAUCCAGGCAAAGUUUUGUUUUUUUGGGGUUUUUCUUAUUUUUCCUGUCCUGCUCACCCAUGUUUCUGUCAGUCUGUCAAUGCUGUUGUUUGACCAAGUCACCAACUUUCUAUGUCUGAGACCUGAGAGUUAUUCCCAUUUCUGUACACGAGUGGAAAGUCUCCAAUGUGCAUCCACCUUACAUUGUCUGUGGAAUCGGUGCGUUUUUACAACCAAACCGACAAGGCUAACCAGAUCACUCUCAAUUACCUCUGGCAACUAAAAAGAGAGCAGGACUCAGUUCAUAUGUAGAAAAAUAAAUAAAUAAACUAGUAGUUUAACCAGCAUGGGAAACUUCCAAAAAUGGCUUCAUCCAUUGGAAGCUUUCCCCACAGAUUUACCCAGAGGAGGUUAGCCGAUCAGGAGUGCUAGUAAUGUGAAUAGUAAACCGUGGUUAAGUGGGCGGGUGUCUACAGUAGGGCCUACUACUUGUCGUGUGAGUAUUGUGCUGACUUAUUACAAAGGCUUGUUUGCAUGACUUAAGUCUCUGGGACUCGACUCGCAGGAGUUGGUCUCCAGUCAAUGUACCACUGUGAGUUGGGGGGAAAAAGGCUGGCAUUAGGUUACAGAAGGUGAUUCUUCUCAUUUCUUAUUUUCCACGAAAUGGGCGUGCGCGCUUCCCCCAUCAGGGCUGAGAGCCCAACCGUUUUUUUUAGCACUUGUAGCAGCGAGGGCUCAACGAUUAGGAACUAUUUCUACCUUUUAAAGAGUGCCGCUUGUAAAACGUGCCAUAACCAGCAAGCGCACGUCCGUCCAGGCAUCCGUCUAGUGUUGUAAGCAGGGGGGGGGGGGGGAGAACAGAAAAAGAACGAGGUGCCUGGCGGACACACGAUCUGUGGUGACAAGAGCCCCAGUCCAGAAUCCAGAAUAACAAACUCUGUUUCUGUCUUUCAAAUACGGAGCGCUGUCAUCUGUCAAUCGGAGAACCAGGCAAUAUCUCGAGCGACAGGCGUCUUAAAGACCGACGAUAUCAAAUAUCGCCGGUCUGCUAGCGUUUCGUUCUAUGUACAAUAGCUUUUUAACAGUGUCCACCGUGAGCUGAAGGACGAACCACAGUAAUUUUCUAAGCUAAUGAAAGAGUUUGAAUAAUGAGGCGCGAGGAGCAAAUCUUAUACUAAUAUUUGUCUGCUAUCUGAAUAGCAUCAGGGCAGCCCGAGGGUUUUAACGUUGCUUUGUUUCCGUUUGUUUUUGUUUUUCUUUUGUUUCGUUGUGUUUUUUUUGGUUUUGUUUUGUUUUUGGAUGUCUACCAUUUUUUGAAAUCCAGUACAAUAGUUCGAUUUCCGGAUGUGUUCCGUGGUAGAUUUUAACCGGAAGAGCUUGCAGCAACUUUAAUCACAUUUAGAUACCAGAUUUCUUGUUAUUCUUCUGAUUGUGCUUAUUUUAUAUGUAUUUAUAAAGUAUGUUUUGGGAGUUCCUUUUGUGAUUUAGGCCUGAAUGAUAGUCUCAAAUAUAUAUGUAAACACAUUUGAUGUCUUAAUACCUUUUAGAUAUUGUAAAAAGAGUGAACAAGUGAGAGGAAUUAACCCUUUUGUAAAAAACGAAAACAAAAAAGUCACGACAUGGUCACCCUGUUUUUGAAAGCAGGAUAUACGCUCCAUCACUUUUGUAUAAAAACGCUUUUCCAAUAUUAUAUUUAACUUUUUGUAAACAGCAUUUGUGUUUCCCCUUGUUCUUCUCGUCCUUUGUGUAUUAUUGUGAAAUGUAUAAUCAUAGUAAUUUCUUAAUGCACUAUUUUUGUUGGGGCACUUAAUAAGAGCAAUGCAUCUUAGCAAACAAGGAAAAAAAAACGCUUAAUGAAAAAAAAGAUUAAAGCUAGAACAGAUAUGCACCAAUAUGUUUGGGGUUUUUUUUUCUGUUUUUUUUUUUUUUUUUUUUUCCCCGCCAUUCUGAGAUGGCCGAAUCCUUGUCAUGUGAAUUUUUAUAUUUCGGAAAGCUUUUAAUGUUACAAUAUUUCAUCUCUCUUAUUUUUCGAUGAAGCAUAUCCAUUGGUUUCGGUGUUUAAGAAUACACUAUUUUAUCCAUCUUAGUAUAAGAGCCGAUCCUCGUCUUUGUGUUUUGGUGAGAAUGACUGUACAAUUCAACAGCCGCCUGUGCAAAUCCCAGCAGCAUUCGUUUGGAGCCACCCGGGUGCGAGAGGGUCCCUGAUCUCAAGGAGCCUUCCGUCCAUGUAAGUGUUGUCGUUGGUGGUGCUGUUAUCGGUGUCGCACACAACCUGUAUCGUUUAAUUAUGCAAUUUGUUUCGCCGUGGUGUAAUGCAAGCUACACUUCCACGUGCAAGUGGACCAAAUUUGGUAAAACCAAGACAACAGAAGUCUGGUGUUCGAUGCCUUACAGCGGACCAUGCUCCCGUACACGCUCCACUCAUCUUCCUUCAUCUGAUUACUUGACGUUUCUUGUUGUGGAGCUGACAUAACCUGGGAGAGUUAUUAAGACAGUUCGUUAGGUGUUGCACUUAGCGAACAGGCCUGUCUCCCGUCUGAGGACAUCGUUUCCCCUGACUGACCCCAGGGCCUUUUUACAUUUAGAAGUCGCGGGACACCGGUCACGUCAGAGACGAUGAAACAAGAGGUGGCGUGUUAGCAUGAGCAUUAUUAGCAGCCUUGGUCUGAAUAAAGGGGCCCUGUGAGUAGCGCCUGCCCGCUGAAGGAAAUACGAAGCAACCAAAAGUCUAAAAGGUCACCUUAAAACCUAUAAUUCUACAGAUAACCAGGGAUUAGGAGUGUGUUCGGUGUGUGUGUGUGUGUGAAGUCGAGUCAACCUUCAAAUUUAUGCAAAUAAGAUGUUGUGAUUGACAUAAAUCUCCGGUCGCUGAGUAGCGGCGACUGCUCGUCAUCACGAUACGGGGCUAUGAUGAGCGAACAUCUGUCACACCUCUUUAGAAAAGCCCCCCCCCCCGCCCCGCCCGUCCCCCCCGAUUCGCCGAACAAAACCCAUCUUGUAAAAAGCACUUCCAUAACUCGCAGGAACAUCUGAGUUCAAUCUCGCGGCUCUCCAAAGCCGUCCGCAGCGCAAACAUCACCGUUGCUCUCUGCCAUUUGGAGCGCCUGGCUGACACGUCAUAACCUCCUCCUUCACAUCCACUCCAUCCUCACACACACACACACACACAGACACACACAGACACACACAGACACACACACACACACACAGACACACACUCUUCACAUAGCUUGCAAAAAUAGUUUUUGACAUAGUUUUAGAAAGCUCGUUUUUCCCAGCCUGUUUUUUUUCUUCUAUUGUUUGUCUUUUUUGUUUGUUUGUUUGUUUGUUUGUUUGUUUGGUUUCUGGCAGCGGUUCUGAAAACUGCAAAGUUCCUCUUUUUUUUCCCCAGUGUUUAAUUCAAUGUGAAAAAGGGGGGACAGGUACUGCAUCUUUGUGAAAUAUGAAAUAUAUCAUCAAAGUAUAUCAAAGCACAAUGUUUAAUUAAUGUCUUUAGAACUCAAAUGGGCGCGCGAGGGGGAGGGGGGAGGAGGGGGGUGUCGCCCCCCCCUCCUCUCCCCCUCCCCAGAAGUUUUUUCUUUCUCCGUCUUGGGCCAUGCUGUAAAUAGAUGCAUGUUUUGUUUUAUUUUCCUGUGAUCCAGUGCUUUUUGUACAGAAACUGUCUAAUAAAGAUUACAUUUGG